AUGCAUUUCACUUGCAGUAUUGUCAUCUUUCUUCACGCGUUUUGGCUAACGCCAAUAUUUGCGGACACCUUGGGACCAAGCUAUCCAAUGCCAAUUGAUCUUACUAGUCGUCAUAGUCUCGUUGCCGCUAGCUUCACAAACCUCACCUCAACUCUGGACACGUACCUCAAGGAUGGCAAAUGGAAAACGCUUCCCAAGCCAUUGUCAAGCAUAACCAACCUUACCUUCUCACUCGGAUUAUUCUCGCUUCACGAUCCUGCAGCCACGAAAUUACAGUACCAUUAUACAGCUCCGGAAAUUGCAAGCGCCCCCAAUGGUACCCACAAAGUUGAUGCGAAUACCAUCUACCGCGUUGCAAGCGUCACCAAGGUCCUCACAGUUCUUACAGGCUUACUUGAGCUGAAUGAUAGUGACUGGAAUCGCCCUCUUACAGAGAUUCUAUCUCCUCUUAAGGAGUUUUCCAAGAAAAAGAAUGGGGAUAAAGAUCCUGUAUACACUGCGGAAUGGGAUAAGGUCACUCCAAAUGCUCUUGCAGCUCAGAUUGCGGGCGUCCCGCGAGAUGGAUUCCCGGACACAAAUCCGGUGAAGUUGGGUCUCCCACCAAUCAGUCGGAAUAACACGUUUGUAUAUUCACCGUGUUUGUUCUCAAAUGCAUCAAGUUGUCCACCUGUUCCAUACAUAGAGAGCAGCGAGGCAAGAGCACCAAGCUUUUUACCCUACACAACGCCUGGAUAUGCCAAUAAUGGAUUCUCUCUUCUGGGCCUCGCCAUUGAGAAUAUUACUGGAAAGAGUUUUGAGAAAAUGUUCGAUGAAGACAUUUUUGAGCCUCUCGAUAUGGCAUCCUCCAGCGCCGUCACUCCUCCCAAGUCCGAGUGGCAUCGAUCUGUGAUUCCCGGCGACAUCAGUGCCGUUCUGUCAACUAUCAAUGAUAUGGCGAAAUUCGGCGUUGGUAUUCUAAAUUCCACUCUAUUACCAUCUGACCAGACUCGUCGGUGGCUGAAACCCUUCUCACAUACCGCCGAUCUGAGGCAAUCUGUUGGCCGCCCAUGGGAAAUUCACCGCUAUACUCAUCCAUCAGGAGUUAUCACAGACCUCUACACAAAAUCCGGGGACUCUGGUGAUUACAGUGCCUACUUCGUCCUCCUGCCAGACUAUGAUGCGGGCUUCACUAUCCUUUCCUCUAGCUCACAAAUCACGCGAUUCUUAACCCUGUCUGCACUUAUGGAUAUUAUAAUUAACUCGUUGAUCCCAUCUCUUGCAGCGCAGGCGGCCGCCGAGGCCGAGCAUCGAUUUGCAGGUUUCUACUACUCUGAGGACUGCAGCUUGAACUCCUCCCUUACUCUGACUGUCAACCAAAGCACAACUGCAGCGCCUGGUCUUGUGAUCUCAUCUUGGAUUAGUAAUGGAACAGAUGUUCUCGAAUCACUUACUCCCACCACAGGUCCAGGUCCUUGGCGACUCCUACCUUCCAUUUCAGACUCUGCACACGGAAAGGUGGCCUUCCGAUUUGUUACCGAUCUCGAUGCGCCCAAGAUCAGCCCAGCAACAGAGAACAAACUCUUCACAGAUUUUCCUUUGGCAGAUUGGGUGGGUGUUGAUUCUACUGCAUAUGGCGGAAUAGCAACGACUCUGUUUAUUUUCGAUGUGGCGAAAGAUGGCACUGUGAAUGCAGUGAGUCCGUCUGCCCUUCGAGUGAAAUUGACGAAGGAGCGUAAGUAG